UCGUCAAUAUUCGAAAUUAAUGUUGAAGUUGUUCGUAGUUUGCUGUGCAGUGUUGCUUAUGGCUCGAACUUAACCUUCCCCCCGGGCUUUAAGUUCGGUGCAGCAUCAGCUUCAUACCAAGUUGAGGGAGCUUGGAAUGUCAGCGACAAAGGUGAAAGUAUAUGGGAUCGGCUAGUCCACACCAAACCUGAAGCGAUAAUGGAUCUCACUAAUGGAGACGUGACCUGCGACUCUUAUCAUCUUUGGGAGAGAGACAUAGAAAUGGCAACGGAGCUUGGUCUACAUUUCUACCGUUUCUCUCUGUCUUGGCCAAGGCUUAUGCCUACGGGUUUUAGUAAUAAGAUCAGCGAAGACGGCCAGAAGUACUACAACAACCUGAUUGAUGGGCUUUUGGAUAAGGGGAUUGAACCUCUUGUUACCAUUUUUCAUUGGGAUUUACCCCAGAGCUUGCAGGAUCUUGGUAAGUUGUUUUGA